GUUCAAACGCUACAAUUUAUUGUGUGGACAGCUGUCGAGCGAAGUCGAGUCGACUCAUGCGCCGUGGGGAAAACCGAGUGCGACGUCAUCAUUCGCGCGGGACCUGCUCUGACGGUUAGUAGCGCUUUGUAGUUGUCCGCUGCUGACGUGACUUCGACAGAUCUGAGUGCCUGUGAUAUUCCGUUUCUAUGCCCGCGAUUUUUACAAAGUAGAUAAACAAUGUCGUCGACGGACGAUCUAUGUAGGCUGUGCCUGAACGAGGAGGACUUGGUGUGCAUAUUCGACGAGAGAAUUCAAGAACCUCACAACAUGAAGGAGAUUAUUUUCACAACCACUGGCGUGGAGAUUAAUGAAACCGAUUCAAUUUCCAAAAGCGCCUGUUCGAGAUGUCUACAGAUAACAAUUAAAAUGUUUAAGUUUCGGACUACAGCGCUUAAAAACGACCAAGAACUGAGGGAUAAGGCUGCGCUUGUAUGUAACGUAGAAGUUAAAGAAGUUAAAAAAGAAAACGAGUCUCCUGAGAAAUCACCGGGAAAAAAUGUUCCCCCCAAACCCAAACCAGGACCUAAAAAACCGACUAUUCAUCCUAGCGUUUCCAAGUUGUUUGGUGAAAAUUCCCUCCUCAAACUUCCCGCGGCUUGUUUAAACAAUAAUAUUGCUCCAGUGGUAACGGUAGAUAAAGUUUCCACGGAUCGCUUGGUUAAAAAAAUGAAUUCACGAAUUGCCAGAACGAUAAACCCAUCUGAAAAAAACACUACAAUAAACAAUAAGGAAAACAUGAACAAAUCGGUUAAUGCUUUAGAAAAACCCGAAACUCAAAAAAAAAUCAGUUUUUACCUUAAAAAAGCAGACACCCCGAUAAACAAACCCUACAAAGAUCAACCUUCCAGUACACCAAAUUUGGAAACAACGCAGGCAAAGACAAACACUGCCGAAUUCAAUUUAAAAAUUGUUAAUAAGGUCAUAGUUCCAGACAAUAAUCAGAUAAAAUUUAAAGAGAAGCGGAAAGCUGAUGAAAAUAUUGCAGAUUUGCAUUUUAAACGAGCUAAAAUUGUUGAAAAUUCUCCCAGUGUCUCCUCUACUACUACAGUUUCAGUGCCAAGUUCGCCAGAUGCUUCGGUUGAAAUGCCUAAUCUUUUAUGUAAGAGCCCAGAAGGUCCAGUUUCAGUAUUGGAAAAAUCGGUCUCGAUUAGGUUGUGUGAGAUUUGCAAUGAAGUAUUUUACAAUAUUCGUGAUCUAAAAUCACAUCUAAAGAAACAUAUGAAAUGUCAGUUCUGCAAACUACGUUUUAAGUCGUUGCAAUCGAAAGAAAGACAUCUCGAUGGAUUGUGUAAAAUUAGGAACAUGAUGAAUAAUCUCCCAAAUAUAGAUCUCCAUAAUAUUCUGUUGGAUGGUUCUAUCACUUCAAAGUACAAAGAAGCAUUCAUCGGAUAUGAGGCUUUUAUGCCCUUAAUUAUAAAACCAGUUGCAUUAAAUGCAAAUGCAAAUGCUUUUGAGAAAACAGAGAAAACUAUUAUGACAAGUACCAGAAAUAUUCAAAUAGCAGAACCGAAUGUUCUACCUGCUGAUGAGUUGCCAUGCCAAACAGAAAACCUCGUUGUAGCAAGUACCAGCAAAAAAGAUUCAAGUAGCCAAAGUUUACAUUGUGAAGAGAUUUCACUGUUGUCUGAUGAUGAAGACGAACUGCAAGAACAAAUGACUAUUUUGAACAGUGAGACUGGCAUAAUGUCAACAAUCGAUAAAAACACACCUCCUACUUUGACACCAAUUAAACCAAUUAAACCGAAGGUUAAAGAAGCUAACGAACCUAAAAAGAAAGAGGAAGUAGGUGCUAAGCAUGUGAUAAAACCAGACAUUAAAAUUAGGAACGACUUUAUGGGCCCGUUGGAUCCCAAAGCCUCUGAUGUCAAAAUAUUGAAGGAUCUACUCUACAAGCAAUCCGUUUUGCACUUGUGUUCCGAAAAGGAGGUGCAAACAGCAACUCCUGCGUAUGAAGAUGUUUAUUUCAAUAAGACGGAAAACCUAUACGAAUUUACUAAUUUAAAAUCGCAAUUGGUGGUGUAUAAAAUACCGGUUCAAAUAAAAAAUGGUCUUUUUGGAGUCAACUUUGACUACACAAAAAAGAAAACCAAAAAACGGACCAUAAAUGUUUGGUUUGACAAACCCAUCGACAUAACUCCGGCCGUCAUAACCGCAAUUAACAACGAGCCGAAUAAUCCAAAACCGGUUUCGGUGAGCACCCCCAAUAUACGUCCACAACAAGUGUACCCGCCACGCCAAACAUACCCGGCAAAUUUCAGAGCUUUGGCGCCCGCAGGUCCCCGAGCGUCUGUUUUGGCGCCCGCAGGUCCCAGAGCUUCUGUUUUGGGGGCCGUAGGUCCCAGACCUCGACCACCAAUGCUGCCGAGGGGAUACAACCCUACGCCCCGAUGGGGCGCCCACGCCAACACCCUUCAAACCAAUCAGAACGUCUUACUUUUCGCGGUGCCUACCGAAAACGGACAGGCCAGCGCUACUGUGACCGCACCGAUUCCAACUAUAACCAUGCCGGUUGCUUUAAACCAUACGAUGCCUUCUGGAGCUACCAUAGGUUUAGGAAAUAGAUUGCCUGUUACUCCCUUAUCGAGUAUGCCUUCACCUAAUAUUGGUUCAAGGCCUGGAGCUGUGUCUGCUGGUUUAAACCAUACGUUCACUGGACCCUCGGUUUUAAGAAGCGUAAGGCCUGGUUCCACGCCCGUGGUUAUGCCUGCUGGUUUAAACCACACGACAGGGAAUAUAUUGCCUGGUGCAAGGAGUACUAGCAAUACGCCGACUGGUACUUCUGGGUCUGCUACUGCGCCCAGAUCUAUGCCGGCUACUUUAAAUAUGACCACUGCAUCUACGCCGGGUUUAAGGAACAUACUGCCAGGCCCAAGGACUCCUACUUCAAGGCCUACAAAUAGCUUUAACCCCUUACAAACUACCAGUAUUGGUCAGGGGACGCCAUUUUCAAACCAACCGCAAGUCAGUACUCUAAACCAGACACCGGGUACUUCAAGUUCCGAAUCGAGCGGUUCUAAUAAUAGAGUUAUUAGAGUAAAGAAGUUUUCAGAUUUGACUUAAGUAACUCAUACUGUUUGUAUAUAUUUUUUAUAAAAUUGUUUUAAAAAUUGCAUGCAAUUAAGUUAGUUUAAGCAUAAAUUGUUUUGUAUUAAUGCUUCAAUAUAAAUUUGUCUUAAACUCAAUUCCUCACUCUAAAUUAAUUAUUUUUGUUUCAAAUAAAAAGUUUAUUUAUUU